AGUGGUUCUGGCACCAACACGUACGUCCUCGAUGUACCAGCCCUUCACUCUAGCGGCGAACAGGAGGAAUGUCUCCCGCCGCGACUCUACUAUCCGAUUCUGUGUUUGUCAGACUCGAAAUCCGAGGGAGAGGAGCGAGCCGCCAUUUUCCGAGCGUCGCUCUCCCAGAACAACAAAAAAUAUUCAAGAUAAACGUGGUAGAUAUUGCCAGAUUUGAUCAAGAAAGAGUCUGGAAUAAAGCAACGCGGAAAACAAUUGAUAUUGAAAAACAGUCGGACCGGAAAGGAUCCAGUUUUUCGUUCUACAAUAUUAACUACCUAGCGAAGUCUGUUUCUUACUGGUUGUUGUUUCGCCCAUUUCGUGAUUACGAGAUAAGAGCGACACGGGAUAGCACACCGCGGAGCCCAUUAGAAACGGGUUCGACUAGAAAGGAAGGGAUUGUCCGCAUUACGCUGUUAUCCUUGUUAUUAUUUUUUUCUUUUUUAUUUUCCUGCGAACUGCGGGGAAUUGUUGCUGAAAUUCCCCGGGACUCUGCCUCAUCACGUGGCUGUCGUCUGGCGGGGCCGUAGGUGGCUGGCGUGGAGCUGGCCUCGGCACCGGGAGAGGCCGCCGCGCCCGCCCCUCCGCGCUGCAUGGCUGCGAUGGCGCCCGCUCUGACCGACGCGCCGGCCGAAGCUCACCACAUCCGCUUCAAACUGGCCCCCCCGUCCUCCACCCUCUCCCCGGGCAGCGGCGAGAACAACAGCAACGCCAGCAACAUCCUCAUCUCCAGCAACGGCGCCGUCAAGCGCAAGGCCCUGGCCGCCGCCGCCGCCGCCGCCGGCGAGGAGGCGCGCUCGCUGGACUUCCGGGACGGCGGGCGGGAGGAGCCGCAGCCCGCCGAGGCGCCGCCGCCGCCGCCCACCCCGCUGGGGAAGCUGCAGCCGCUGGUGGCCUCGUACCUGUGCUCGGACGUCACCUCCGUGCCCUCCACUAAGGAGUCCCUCAAGCUGCAGGGCGUCCUCAUCAAGCAGUCGGUCCUCAAGACCCACGGCAUCCUGCCCGGCUCCUACUUCGGCGCCUCGGACUACCUGCCCAGGAAGCGGCAGACCCUGGAGCUCUCCGGGGAGCAGCUGAAGAGCCUGAUGAGCGCGGGCGGGCAGCCGCCCGUGGCCAACGGCCUGGCCAAAAAGCUGGCCAAGACGGGCGCCGACAGGGACCACGCGGCCCUGGUCAACGGAGGCAGGCCUCCUGCCGGCCAGGACUCGGCGGCCCAGGCGCCGCCGCCGCCCCCGGAGGCCCGCCCCUCCGUCUCCAAAGGGGACCCGGCCGGCCAGUUGGCGCCGCCGCCGCCGCGGGAAACGGCGGGGACGUCCCGCGCCGCGGCCAACGGCUCGGAGCCCGCCGCGUACGCCGCCUUCGCCGCGCCGCCCGGAGGGCGUACGGACCCGGGGCCCCGGACCCCCGGCGGGAGGGCCGAGGGGCCCUCGGCGGACGGGGGGGAGGAGGAGGAGGAGGAGGGCGGUGGGGACGGGGACGGGGGGCUCGCCUCCCCGGCCCGCGACCUCCGGCUCCUCUCCCCCUCUGGCGGCCUGGACUCGGAGGUGAGGGACCGCACGGCGCUGAGCCACAGCCGGCAGGGCGAGAUCGAGGGCCGGCUGCGGCGGCUGCGCAAGAGGCUGCAGGUGGUGCAGGCCAAGCAGGUGGAGCGGCACGUGCAGCAGCAGCUGGGCGGCUUCCUGCAGACCACCUUCAGCAAGCUGCCCAGCCUGGACGCCCUGCGCCUGCGCAGCCCCGCCGUGCUCACGCGCAAGGCCGAGGCGGCCCUGUGGCGCGCCGCCAGCGACCCCGGCGCCGAGGACGGCCUGGGCCGCUUCCUGAAGGGCGGCUCGGUGCCCGGCGAGCUGGAGCGCCUCUCGCUGAGCGGCACGGCCAGCCUGCGCGCCGCCGAGGGCGCCUUCGACUCGGACGCCACCGAGAGCAGCUCCGGCGGCGAGACCGACGUGGAGGAGGAGGAGCUCACCAGGGUGGACAUCGAGCAGCGCCACAUCUCGCUAUGGAGGAGAGCGGAGGGCCGCUACGCCCUGGAAAGGGCCUCCAUCGUCAGCCACUGGAACUGGCUCCAGGCCCACAUCUCAGACCUGGAGUACCGCAUCCGGCAGCAGACCGACAUCUACCGCCAGAUCCGCACCAACAAGGGUUCCUUAGAGCUGGGGGACUCGGCCCCGUGCGAAGCGCCGGCGGAGGAGGCGCCGGAGGUGAAGACGGAGGGCGCGGCCUGCCAGGGGACGCAGGACGGCGGUUCCGAGGGGGCGGAGCGCGCCGCGUCGCCCCGCAGCCCCGGCGCCGAGGCGGGACUCUGGAAGGCCAGCGGCCCCGGCCGGCCCGUCAACGGGAUGAUCAGCAGCCUCCGCCCCGGCCCGCCCGACCGCGCCUCGUCCCAGAGCCCCGACCCGGGGGAGCAGGCGGGGCAAAAAAAGCAGCGCCUGGCCCAGCCCCUCCCCUCGCCCCCCUCCGACGGCACCUGCGUGGCCGCCCGCACGCGCCCCGUCCUCGGCUGCAGGAAGCGGAGGCUCGUCCGGCCCGCCGCCGUCGCCAGCCUCGGCCGCAAGGUCCAGAGGAUCCCGGGGCCCCGCUGCGGCUGCGACGUCAACCCCCAGUGCGCCACGUGCGCCGGCCGACCCCCCGCCCCCGGCGCCGAGCCCCCGUACGAGCAGCCCCUCCUGGAGCGGCUGUCCCAGCUGGACCCCAGCGUGCACCCCAUCCUCUCCUUCCCCGACGACGUGUCCAUGGGCCUGCACUUCCAGCGGGUGAUGAAGUCGCACUGGCACGGCAAGCCCCCGGAGAAGACCAAGCCCCUGAAGAAGCUGUCGCUCAAGCACAAGCUGUCGCUCGGCGGCCGCCCGCACGACCCCUGCUCCCCGUCCUCCUCCAAAGACAAACACAAGCUCGCCAACUCGCUCCUCCCCGGGCUCAGACUCUCGCACCACAAGAUGAGGCCGGAGAAGCUGCACCGGGGGCACCUGGAGGGCCGCUCGCUCUGCAAGGGCGAGCAGCGGGGCCAGGGCCUCCCCCCGGGGGCCUACGACAGGGGCCACGGCCGCAAGAGGCCCCGCGAGCACUACCCGGAGAGGACGGACGCCAACCCCAAGCUGUGCGUGGACGCGGGCGGCCCCUGCUCGCCGCUGACGGGCCUGCACACGCCCUCCCACAGCCCCCUGGUGAGGCAGCUCUCCACCUCCUCCGAGGGCUCCACGCCCGUGGGGCCCGGCAGCCAGAGCGCCACCAGCACGCCGCCCAUACGGAGGCGAAGAGGAGAGAGCUCCUUCGACAUCAACAACAUCGUCAUCCCCAUGUCGGUGGCCGCCACCACCCGCGUCGAGAAGCUGCAGUACAAAGAGAUCCUGACGCCGAGUUGGCGGGAAGUGGACAUUUUUGCGAAGCCGAUUGCCGAGGAGGAUGAAAAUGUUGAGAUCGAGGAUCUGACGGACACCGCCUUCACUCAGCUGCACUUGCCGUGCGAGGAGCAGGAGCGCUCGCGGUGGACCUGGAUGGCCAGCGCUCCCGCCAAGAGGAGGGGCAGCAGGUCGUACAAGUCCCUGGACGGGCGCACGACGCCCCUGCUGGGCGGCACCACCCCGUCCACGCCCCAGCCGGCGUCGCCGGACGCGCCGCACUUCCACGCGCUGCAGGACUACGGCCCCGUGCCCUCGCCUCGGAGCCCCGCCAGCCCCGACCUGCCCCCCGCCACCCCCCGGGCCUGCAGCGAGGACACGCGCUGCUCCACGCCCGACUUCACCGCCGAGGAGCUGGUUCCCCAGACGGUGCAGCCGUGGGAGCGCAGGGACUUCCCGCUGGAGGAGGACCCCGCCCUGGAGCCCGCCGCGGAGCAGGGCGGCCCCGAGGGGGAGGGGCCGGGCCGGGGCGCCCGCCGCGCCUCCGGGAGCAGGGCUGCCCCCGGCUGCAGGACCGAGUCGGAGAGCGGGCCCGCCUCGCCGCUCCCCCCCGCCAGCGCCCAGCAAUGAGCAGCGCAGGAGGAGAGGACACUUACCCCCCAAACCCCUACCCUCCCCCCCCCC